UGACGUCUAGGAGGCAACCAAGAAGAAGGAGGAAGCGGUGAAGGUGGCUGCUGGGGUGGCUGCGGCGGGCAUCGAGGUGGGCGCGGCGACGCGGCCCGGGGAGUGAGCGGCGGCGGGCGGGCGGGCGGGCUGGGCGGCGGGCCCCGAUGUGGCUGCAGCAGCGCCUGAAGGGGCUGCCGGGGCUGCUGUCGAGCAGCUGGGCCCGCCGCCUCCUCUGCCUGCUCGGCCUCUUGGUGCUGCUGCUGUGGUUCGCGAGCUCCGGGGCGCGGCGGGCGGCGGGCGGCCUGCACCUGCCGUCCUGGUCCCGCAGCGAGCCGGGCGCCGCCGAGCCGUCCGCCUGCCUGGAGGCGGCCACCCGCGCGUGGCGCGGCCUGCGCGAUCGCGGCGAGGCGGUGCCGCUUGGCCCCGGGGUGCCGGCCCUGGUGGCCAACGGCUUCCUGGCUCUGGACGCCGCCGACAACCGGCUGUGGGUGACGCCCGGAGAGCGGGAGCCUGCCGUGACUCCGGACUUCGUGCCCUUCGUGCAGCUACGCCCGCUGAAUGUGGUGGCCGAGGCCGGAGAGGCGGUGCUGCUGCUGCGGGAGGGUCUGCUGCGCCGAGUGCGCUGCCUGCAGCUGGGGACCCCGGGCUCGGGCCCUGCCGCCGGGGUCCCCGGGCCCGCUUCAGCCUCCGGGCUCUCCGCGGGGUCCGGCCGGGACUGCGUGCUACUGCAGGAGGACUUCCUGGCGCACCGAGGCCGACCCCACGUCUAUCUGCAGCGCAUCCAGCUCAACAAUCCCACGGAGCGCGUGGCCGCGUUGCAGACUGUGGGCCCCACCGCGGGCCCAGUCCCCAAGUCCUUCACCAGCACCCUGGAGAAGGUCGGAGAUCACCAGUUUCUCCUCUACUCGGGCCGGUCCACACCCCUUCCAUCGGGGCUGGUGCACUUGGUCGUGGUGACCUCUAAGAAGUUAGUGAACAGGCUCCAGGUGGCCCCCAAGACACAGCUGGACGAGACGGUGCUGUGGGUGGUGCACGUCUCUGGUCCCAUCCAUCCCCAGGUGCUCAAAAGCAAAGGCGCCAAGGAGCUCAAGGCGCUGCAGGACUUAGCACGGAAGGAGAUGCUGGAGCUGUUGGAGAUGCCCGCCUCGGAGCUGCUUCAGGAUCACCAGUACCUCUGGGCCCAGCUCUUCAGUCCAGGUGUGCAGAUGAAGAGGAUCACGGAUGCUCACACGCCGUCUGGCCUGACCGUGAACCUGACCCUGUACUACAUGCUCUCCUGCUCACCAGCCCCACUGCUUAGCCCCUCUCUGAGCCACAGGGAACGCGAGCAGAUGGAGGCAACGCUCAACUAUGAAGACCACUGCUUCAGUGGCCACGCCACCAUGCACGCUGAGAACCUGUGGCCUGGCCAGCUCUCCUCAGUGCAACAGAUCCUGCAGCUGGCUGACCUGUGGAAGUUGACCCUUCAGAAGCGCGGCUGCAAGGGGCUGGUGAAGGUCGGUGCUCCAGGCAUCCUGCAAGGCAUGGUGCUCAGCUUCGGCGGGCUACAGUUCACAGAAAACCACCUGCAGUUCCAGGCCGACCCCGAGGUGCUCCACAACAGCUAUGCGCUUCAUGGCAUCCGCUACAAGAACGACCACAUCAACCUGGCUGUGCUGGUGGACGCUGAGGGCAAGCCCUACCUGCAUGUGUCUUUGGAGUCCCGAGGCCAACCCGUCAAGAUCUAUGCCUGUGAGGCAGGCUGCCUCCAUGACCCUGUGGAGCUGACCUCAGAGCCUGGAGGCCACACCUUCUCUGUCAUGGUGACCCAGCCCAUCACACCUCUGUUGUACAUCUCCACCGACCUCACACAUCUGCAGGACCUGCGGCACACGCUGCACCUUAAGGCCAUCCUGGCCCACGAUGAGCACAUGGCCCAGCAGGAUCCCGGCCUGCCCUUCCUCUUCUGGUUCAGUGUGGCCUCCCUCAUCACCCUCUUCCACCUCUUCCUCUUUAAACUCAUCUAUAAUGAGUACUGUGGGCCUGGAGCCAAGCCCCUCUUCAGGAGCAAGGUAGGUUACCUCAACUCCUGAAGCCCCAAGCUGUUCUAUCCAAAAAGGGUUGCCUGGCCAGGGGACAGUCUAGGCAGUAAUGAGAAACCCUUCCAAGCCCGUGCCCUCAAUGUCAUUUUCCAUUAUAUCAAUAUCAAUUCAGUAUCAAAUGUCCAUUUGACAGCCGGCUGGUGGUGGUAGUGUAUUCCUGUUAUCCCAGCAUGGAAGAUGCUGAAGCAGGAAGGUUGUGAGCUACAUAUCAGAAACAUACUUAAAAAAAACAAAACCCAUUGCCCUUAGAGGUCAGGCCAUUAGUGUAUGUGGACACACAGUUAAUCUGUCAGCCUACAACAGCAGGAGAGCCAGGUCCUCCCUGGCCCUCCCCUCCUCCCAAGCCAUAGUGAGUGCUGCAGAGAGGUAGACCUGACAGUAGAUCUGUACCCCACCAUUUAGGAAGCCCUGAUCCCACUCAGGAUGGGCCCAUCCCUUCCACCAAGAAGCUCUGUGGCAUCUGGUUUCUGGUUCAAGGCCAGGCUUUCAGGGAAAGCAGUCCUUGGCCCUCAGGAGCAGGCAGCAGAUGGAGGCAGGUCUGAGUUCCUCACGAUGGGGGAACCCAGUGGAGACUUGGGUCAGAAAGCAGUGUGGAGAAGGCCUUGCACGUAGCCAGCUUUUGGCCAGCUGUAUAGAAAAGGUGGGUCCUGCCGCCUCUGGAGCCAGGCUUUUCCCCUACUGGCCACUGCCCUCCUGCCCUUGUUCUUGCUCGGCAUGUAUGUUCUUAUAUGUCCAGCAUACAGUUGGGAAGACAACUCAAACUGCCUCUCUGAGGAACUGCCCAUGCCCCUCACUGCAAUGCCAGAAAGAGCCCCAGCCAACAUGCCACAUCAGCCCAAGGCCCUGGGCCAGGAGCCGUCUCUGGCUAGAUCUAAGACAUUAUCCUUGUGGUCUGCUUCCCUGCCAAUGUGUAUAUGUUUCUAUUUUGAGAUGGCCUCAUGUGAACUUGCUAUGUAGUAGAGGCUGGUAUGAACUCUGAUCCUCUUGCCUCUACUUCCCAAGUGAUGGGAUCCUGGGGAGUGAGUGUUCACCACCGGGCAUGGCUCCCCCUCCCUCCCUGUAGCUGUUGGUGCAGCUUGGCCGUGGGUUGGUGGUAAACAGUACUCUCUUG